CCAGCAGGCGGCGCUAAGGGCGAACAAACAUCACCAGAAAUAGCAGCUCCAUGCAGCAGGGCUAAAAACAAAGCAACUUCACCACACGUAGGAGGCUACUUUCCCCGUCAAAAUGCUCAAAAAGAAACUAAGUGGCACCGAAAAGAAAAGGAAGCAUUCGAAGUCCGAAGAACGACAGCAAAGCAACAAACGCAGGAGUUCGGAGUCGCAUUUAGAAGACUCUAAGGACGAGCUGGCUGAUCCAGAACUGGACCGGAUCGGCAGUGACAUUGAGGAAGGAGGACUGGACCUCAGCAUCCCCUUCCAGCCCAUCACGGCUUACGUCAGCGACAAGAAGGAGAUGCUGGAGCAGUGUUUCCGUGUGCUGGGGGAGAAGAAGCUGCUGAAGAUGCUGCCCGAUGAGCUCAAGGACUGUGGCUUGGAGGAAAUCAAAAGUCUGUGUUGGGAGCAACUGGAGUCGAUUUCAGAGAAAACCCUUAAUCAGAUCUUAGCAGGAGAAGAGCUGCCAACAGGAAAUGGGAGUGAAGCGGCCUUGGAGAGCCAACAAGAUAACAACGUCGACUCCACUUCUUGCAUUAAGGAAACACCAAAAACUACUGAGCCUAAAGACGGCGGUGGUUCUGGUGAUGAGAGCGACGUGUUGAGCAUCAACGCAGACACUUACGAUAGUGACAUCGAGGGACCCAAAGAGGAGCAGGCUGUCAAAUCUGCAGAUGUGGUGGUAAAAGUGGACGACAGCGGAGGGGAACGCUCUGACCCAGCUGUAAAACCCGAGCCGCCACAGAAACCAGAGACAAAGAAAGACAUUCAAAGUGACAUUGACAGAAGUGUUUGUGAGAUUUUAGCCCCUUCUCCCUCUUCGACUAAAGAGCCAAAAGAACCGAGCGGAAAACCUCCGCCUGCAGAUGCGGAGUUGUCUGUUGGGAGGGAAGCUCCUUCUGGUUCCGUUUGCCAACCGUCGAUUCAGCAGCUAGAGCUGCUGGAGCUGGAGAUGAGAGCCAGAGCCAUAAAGGCCCUAAUGAAAGCUGGAGAUAAGAAAAAGCUUUGUAUGACCGCUAACAGUUAGCUGGCUCCAGUUCUUCAUUCAUCAUAUUACUGGUGCAGAACCGUUAAAGCUUGAUUCAUUUUGUAUUUUGUGGACUGUUGGAAUAAACAAGGUGACAAAUGA